GGAGGCGGCGGCGGACGGCGCGGAGCGGAGGUGCGGCGGCCGGCCCAGGAUGAACGGGGAGAACGUAUUUAUUGGUCAGUCCAAAAUCUACACCUACCUGAGUCCUAACAAAUCUCCAGGUGCUCGUCCUCCACUUCAAGAAGAAAACUGUGUCAUGCAUCACGAAGUGAAGUGUCAGGGCAAAACAAUAAAUGAAACGUGCAGAAAAGGAGAUGAAAAAAGAAAUGCUGGUAAUCCAAUAGAAGGUGCUACAAAACCAGAAGACCAGAAAGAUAAAGAAAGUGGGUGUGAUUCUUCAGCAUCUGUUCCUAAUCAAAAUCAAGAAGCUGCAGAAACUCGAAAGAAUAUGCCUCUGCCUUCUAAUAGUACUGAUGCAGCAAAAGCAAAGCAAGCUCAGAAGAAGGUGGUUAAAGCAAAAGGACCAAGGAGAAAAGCACAAGGAAAAACCUCACAGAAUCGAAAAGUGACAGAUUAUUAUCCUGUUAGAAGAAGUUCCAGGAAGAGUAAAACUGAACUACAGACUGAGGAAAAGAAGAGAAUAGAUGAACUAAUUACAAAUGGGAAAGAAGAAGGAAUGAAGAUUGAUUUCAUUGACGGUAAAGGGCGAGGAGUAAUCGCUACCAAACGUUUUAAUCGUGGAGAAUUUGUAGUAGAAUAUCAUGGGGAUCUCAUAGAGAUCACUGAUGCUAAAAAGCGAGAGGCUGUCUACGCACAGGAUCCAUCCACAGGCUGCUACAUGUACUAUUUUCAGUACCUCAGCAAAACGUACUGUGUUGAUGCUACAAAAGAGACUAAUCGUCUGGGAAGGCUGAUCAAUCACAGCAAAUGUGGCAACUGUCAAACAAAACUUCAUGACAUUGAUGGUGUACCUCAUCUCAUACUGAUAGCUUCGCGGGACAUUAAAGUGGGUGAAGAACUGUUGUAUGAUUAUGGAGACAGGAGCAAGGCUUCCAUUGAAGCUCAUCCGUGGCUGAAACACUGAUUCAUCCUUCUUUGGCCUGACCGCUCUUGAAGGGAGUGGAUGGAUUUUUUUCAGCUCUCCUAGUGGACUGCUUCUGAUGUCUUAACUUCUUUAAAAACCAUUUUUGCUCUCUAGCAUUUAAAUGUUACAAGUUUCCAGGCAAGCUUGAACACGUGACCCAAGAUGACAAAACUUACAUUGUAAAGAAACCUGAACACUUUUUUGCAUCUAGAGUGACCUGUGCUGCAUGAACAUGCAGUCAAUGACUUCUGCAGUUUAAAGGAAUCUCUUGGGCUGUGCUUCUCCUUUUGGCUCUGAAGUUUCAUGCCUUUUUUUUUUAGGAAGAGAGAUCUACGCAGUGUCAGCUUUUAUGACAACAGAUGUAUCCCUGUUCUCUGACUCUGGUGUCCAAUAACGUGACUAUCUGUAAGACUCUUUAAAACAUAGUGCUGAUGGGCCAAGGAUGCCAGUGUGGCAGAUUACUGUUCUGUCAUUCUGGCUUUUCCAGCAGGGUACCUCUUGUUGAGGACAAAAUCUGUAAAUGCAUUGGCACUAGAAGAAUGAAUAGCUAACCUAGCUACUCUCUCCAGAGAGGUAACUUUAAUCUGUGUGUUGCUGAUCUUGUACAUGGCAGGCUGAUUAGAAAUGUGAAGGGAAAGCUUACAAGUGAUUGCUAUGAGGACUUUUUUUUUUUUUUUUUUAAGUUAGUGUGUUCUAAAGUUUCUGAGAGAGUACCUUUUCUGUAGCUGGUGCCUGAUCUGGAGGGGGUGCUGAAAGGUUUUUAAAGAAACAAAAAAACUAAAGAACCCCUCUCCCAAAUGUAUUGCCUAACAAUGUUGUUUAGCCAUGUUGAGACUAUUUAUUUACUGUGAAUGCUGGAAAUUAGGGAAUAAAGGUUCAAAAUAUGUAUGCUCUUCUUCAUGUGCAGCUUCAAUCAAUAGGGGAGGAGUUCUACAUGAAGAGGUAGAUUCCUUAGAGCCUAGUCCUGACAGCUCUUGAUCACUGUCUAGUCCCACUUUGGAAGUUGAGGAUGCUUAGCAUCUAGCACAUUAUGCUCAGAGCAUUAUAGGUUUGGGCUUAGUAUAGUUUGGGUUCUCCAGCGGUAUAGGUGACCUAUACAGUAGGGGCCCUUACAAUAAAGGUGAACUCAUCAAUUGGAAUUUUUGCCAAGAUGUGCUUGGCAUGUACAUAGCUAAUGAUGGCCCUGGGCUAUCAGCCACAUUUGCUGCUAGAUGUCAGCAAGAGAUUCUGUGGCUCUAUUAAUGUCCUCUGCUCCCCCGUGUCUCCAAGGCUGCUGCUCCUGCUGGCAUCAACCAGGACAGUGGUGUACGCUUGCCUAUGUGAUAGGCUGUAGAGUAACACCACCCUGGCUGUGCAUUUCAGCAGCAAAAGGUGGCUUGGUAAUGUAUUUUAAGAGUGAAACUUGAAGAAAAUAUCUAAAAUAAAAAAUAUAUUUAUUAACAAUGAAAUGAUUGCUGUAGUACCUGCCUCUGUCUGAACAGUUUCUUAAGCAAGCUGUGAAAAUGGUCUAGUUCUUAAUACCUUGUACUAUCCAUCCCUCUUUCCAUGGUAUGCUUAGCAAGGAGGCUGCAUGUGCUCAGUUAGCUUAACCGCUGUUUAAACAGAGUGGAACUGGUGUUCAAGUGGAAACCACUUUCCAGCACUAUGCUUCCUCAUACUCUGUAAAGAAAAUCCAAUUACUGAUGUAGCUCCUUCAGAGACCUUCCACUUACAGCAGACUCUAGCAAGUAGGCACACUCUCUGAGAAGCACGCCUCCAUGCUAGUCUUUAUUCUGCCACUAGCUUACUCUAAUCUUGUUAUACUGCUCUUCACUUCUCUGUUCCUUGUUUUAUGAGAGGAGGAUUCUGGUAUUGUGACCUACUUAACUUUUCUUAUUAAAAUGUUUUUUUCAGUUUGUGGUUUGUAGAGUUCUACAGGCACUUGAGUGGUACAGCUGUGCAACAUGGUAAUAAAGCUAAUAUGACACUG